UUUUUUUAAAUAUUCACAAGCUUCAAUAAAAUCCUAUUUUAAAAUGUUCUAAAUUUCCGAGAAGGUUUAGAAUUUUCAACAAGUGUUUACUAGAGUUUUUUUUAAAUGUUGCCUUUCUUUCCAAUAAUGUUCACGUUUUACAAAACAAAGCUCACAAAUAUCUUAAAAAAUGUUCAAGUUUUUUUAAUAUCCAUCUUUUGUAAAUGUUCUUGAUUUUUUUUAAAAUGCAAUUAAAAACCCAUUUAAAAAAAUUAUUAUCCAUGUUUUCUUGAUCGAAUGAGCUCUCCAUCUCCAUGUAGUACUAGUAGUAUCAGUUGUGGGAUUCUAACUUUGAUGAAUUUCAUGAACGGUGUCUUUUCUGGUGACUUAGAUGAUUGAUGGCAAAGAGAGAAAUGUUUCUGAUUAUUCUGGUACAUGACUAGAUGAUCUUCUGAAGCAUCUACCGGAGAGAUGCGCCGAAAACGAGUGUAUGUAGUGCCGUAUUUUUACCCUGUUUACCGGCAUCCGGCACAGUGAAAAUCGUCGUGUUGGACUGAACCAGCGAGAGGCAGAAGCAGAUCGAACUCAGACACCAAAAAAAACCAUGUGCCGUUAAUGCGAGGCGAGGUCCCCGCUGCGACGCAGCAGCAGGGAGCGCUGCAGCCUAGGCAGGCCGAGGAGGAGAAAAGCCUGCGCACUUUUCCUAAAUCCGCUCUACUCCUACCCCCGUAGCCUUUCGAUGCUACGACGGCACGCCCGAACUCUCUGAAGCGGCAGCCGCCCAUGCAUGCACACCCGCAGGCCACAGCCACGCAGCAAUGGACUAGUUUCCGUGCCCAUAACUCUCACGGCCUGCAGCCGGUCAUGGCAUCGCCAUUUCAUUUAGGAGUACAUGCACGCGUCUAGCUAGUCAUCUCCUAGCUAGGCUGCGGAAACCUUAUCCCAGAAACAGAGGAGGAGCAGCAGGAGAAGAGCGCCGGCUCCAACAGGAUCUUUGUGCUCCUAGGAAACGAGGAGCGGAGAGCAGAGCAAAGUCGGAGACGCUCUGGGCCUGCCAUUUCACUGCCGGCCUCGCGUCGCGUGAUCGACCGAUGCGUGGGGCUCGGCGGCAGCGGCGCAGGCCGCGGGAGCGCGACGUGGCGGCCUGGCUCUUCUUCCUCGCCUGCUGCCUCCUUGUGCUCGCCGUGUCCAGAGCAGAGGAGCCGCGCGCAUCGCCGGUGAGCGCGAGAGGAGGAGGAGGAGGGGAGGAGCAGCGGCUGAGCAGGGUAGGGUCGAGGCCGCCGUGCUGCGUGUGCGAGCAGAGGUGCGGCGGCUGCGCGCCGUGCACGGCCGUGCAGGUGCGCGCCGGAGUCCGGCCGCUGUGCGCCAACUACGAGCCCGUCAGGUGGAAGUGCAAGUGCGGCGACGCCGUCUUCGACCCAUGACUCCGUGACCGUCAGAUCAGAUCAGUGCACGGGAAGCAGCAGCGGCGGAUAGGUGAUGCCGUUUGCCAUCGCCAUGCAAUGUACAGUAAGUAGAAAUAAAGUCUGCAUGCAUGCAUGGCUGGUACUAGGAGUAAAUAGCACUCCGUAAUUCCUUUUCUCGGCCUUGAUUUUCUAUAAAUCUGGAAGAAAAGAAGAAAGGACGCUCCGGGUGUA